AUGGACGACCCGGUCGAUGGCGACGUCUGGGAUGACUUCGGUCAGAAGGUGGACCUCACAGCGAGGCUACGCGAGAUCCUCCUCAACUACCCGGAGGGUACCAGCAUCCUCAAGGAGCUCGUCCAGAACGCGGACGAUGCCGGCGCGAGGACGGUGAAGGUAUGCCUCGACGAGCGCUCGCACGGCACCGAAACGCUGGCGUACGAUGGCCUCGCGCAGUUCCAGGGCCCGUCGCUGCUGGUGUUCAACGACUCCACGUUCAAGGAGAGCGACUUCGAGUCGAUCUCGCGCAUCGGCGACUCGGUCAAGCGGACGCAGGUUGGCAAGACGGGGCGCUUCGGCGUGGGUUUCAACAGCGUCUACCACCUCACGGACAUGCCCUCGUUCGUCAGCGGCAGGCACGCGGUGUUCUUCGACCCGCACUGCGAGUUCCUGCCCAACGUCACCGCGGCCAACCCGGGCAAGCGCGUCGAUUUCGUCGCAAACGACGUUUUUUCACGGCACCCCGACCAGUGGGCCCCGUUCGUCGCCUUCGGCUGCGACGUUCGCGGCGAGUUCGCCGGCACGAUGUUCAGGUUCCCGCUGCGCACCGAAGCGCAGGCCAGGCGCUCCAGACUGUCCAAGGCGCACUACACCCCGGAGAGCGUCCGUGCGUUGCUACUCGCAUUCGCGCGGGAGAAGACGCUGGACAUGCUCUACCUGAAGAACGUGGAGACGGUGGAGGUGCUCGAGUGGGGACCCGGGGACGAGGCGCCUCGGGUCAUGGCGCGGAGUUCACUGCGCGUGGGGGACGCGGUGGAGGCGAGCGAGAUACGCAGGAACAGGAGCGCGUUCAGUCGAGCGUCGGCGGCGUGCGCCCAGGGCGUAGCGGGUGAACCUCCGAAGGUGUUCACCGUAUCUUUCGACUCGAUCGGCGCGGGGGCGUACGCGGAAACGACGGGUGGAGCGGUCGGCGACGGGGAUCAGACGGGGACGAGGACGUUUGUGGUGUCCCACGCGCUGGGCGCGGACCUCGCGCCGCUCGUGGCGUCCGGUCGCGAGAAGUUUGGGAUGAAGCUGGUGCCGUGGGCGUCCGUCGCGGCGGAGCUCGGGACGGAUCCGUCGUCGACCGCGAAAACCGUCGGCAGGGCGUUCACCUUCCUUCCCCUGCCGGUUCGAACCGGGCUGCCCGUCCACGUCAACGCCUACUUCGAGCUGUCGUCCAACCGGAGGGACAUCUGGUUCGGCGGCGACAUGGCGGGCGGCGGCGCGGCGAGGAGCGAGUGGAACCAGGCUCUGCUGACGAAAGUAUGCGCGCCGUGCUACGCGCGACUCAUAGCCGCGGUCGCCACCAUGCUCGGCCCGACUCCCGCGUUCUACGCGUUGUUCCCGGACGUCAACGUACCCGAGCCGUGGAACGGCGUCGUUCGCGAGCUGUACGCGACGAUCGCCUUUGAAGGUUCAAAGGUUCUUCACACCCCCGCGGACGACGGCGGGUGGAUCGCUCUCGCGGACGCCGUCCACCCCGACCACGAACUCGCCCACGACGACGCCCUGCGAGAUGCCCUCGUCGCCGAGGGCAUGCGCCUGACGGACGCACCGAGCACGGUGCUGGAGCGCAUCGAGGAGCACGCGGUUCCCAACCCGGAGCGGGUCUCGCCCGAGCGGGUCCGGCGAAUGCUUCGCGAAUCCGGACGCUCCGAACGAUCCCAUCGACCCAGGGACCGCGUCUUAGUCCUGUUGAGGUACGUCAUGUCCGACGUGAUCGACGACGACCCGGCGUCCGCGGCGUCGCUCGAGGGCGUCCCGCUGUUUCCCCUGGCGGACGGAACCGCCGCGGUCAUUCGCCCGGGGGGUGUCGGCGCUCCGCCGCUCUACGUGCCCGGCGCGGAGGAGGCUCGGCUCGUGGCCCGCGCGUCGAGCAGGUGCGUGGACCGCGCGUGCGACGAAACGAUCGUCGCGCGGCUCGAGACCCUGGCGGGGACUCGCGCGCUGAACGUGUCCCCGAUAGACGACGACGCCAUCGUGGAUCUGAUGCCCGACGUCUUGCCGACGGCGUGGGCUCGGGUGGGCGACGCGGGUGAGAGUUCUUCGCGGCGAGCGUACCAGCCGGUACCCUGGGACUGGGAUGACGACGACGACACGGCCGGCGGCGGGAUAUCCGCGGCGGGCAUAUCGGACGAGUACCUCGCGCUGGUGUGGCGCGUGCUCGGGUCCGUCGCAUCGGACACCCGCGCGCUCGGUAAGCUCGAGGGUUUCCCGUUGCUGCCCGUCGUAUGCGAUGGAGCGAAGGGAUCGAAAAAGUACGUCGUCCCGCUGGGCGCUCCGUUGAUUGACGCGACGGGCGUCUCCGCCGACGUCGCCGCGUCCAUGCGCGCCGCGGGGGUGCACGUGCUCGACGUCGGGACGUUGGCGGGAUCGACCGCGGGAGUGCACCCUGCGAUGAGAGACCACCCGGCGAUGGCGGGUUACCUCGCGCCGGCGUCGGCGGCGGGUUUCGCCGACGCGUUCGCCAGAGCCGUCGGCUGUGCCGCGAGCGAAGGAACGCCCCCGUGGUCCCCGACGUUCACGCGGGAGGAGGCGGCGAACCUGAGGGGCUUCGUGCUGCGGCGUCGGUGGUUCGGACGUGGCGCCGGGUCGGAGGGGCCGGACUUUGACGCGGCAAACCCCGAGCGCAUCGCGUCGCUCGCGUCGCUGAGAAUAUACGAAGCGUUUCCCGAACCCACAGCUGGCGACGACGACGACGACGACGACGACGCGCCGGGGAAACGCGAUCCUCCCCUGCUGGACCUGGUAUCUGCGCCUUUGCAACUCGCGCCCCGUCGCGGCACGGACCCCGCGCUCCUCGGAACCGACUUUUUGAAUCCGUCGUCGGACGAGGAAUCCGCCGUCCUCGUCGAACGGUUCGGCGUCGAGCGACUCACCGACCAAAAGUUCCUCCGGCAACGCGUGCUCUCCAGACUGGAUCGCAUACGGCCCGCGCGCGCGAGGAACGACGCCAUGCUCGACGCCCUCAGGCGCCUUCCCUCGCUGUGCGCCGGGGACGGGAGCCUAUCGCGGGCCGUCGCGAUAUCUCCGUUUGUGCCCACCGCGUCUGGGACGCUCGCGGCUCCGACGCACUUGUACGACCCUCGCAUACCCGAGCUCGUGGCGCUGCUGGACAGGAACACGAGCUUCCCAACCGCGCCGUUCGACGAUGACGCGACGCUCGGUAUCCUCGCGUCGCUUGGUAUGCGCUCGACCGUUACUCAGACGGCCGUUUUGGACGCGGCGAUGACCGCGGAGAGGCUCGGCGACGUGGAAAGUGACGCGUACGAUUUCGCCGCCGCGAACGAGCGGGGCUGGGCUAUUUUGCGUUACCUCGAAACCCCCGACGGGACCCGAAUGCUCGCGCCGGACCCGGUCAAGGACGUCAAGAGCUUCUUCGGCUCGAUGUUCGGCAAGGAGGACGAGAAAGACGGGGGAAAGAAGGAGGGCGCCGAGUUACCGAGGGAAGCUUUCGUGGCGCAGCUGUCCAGCGUGGCGUGGGUGCCAGUCGCCACCGAGCCGCCCGAGUCCGAACCCGGUUUACCCUGGCCGAAGAACCUCAGCCCGGUCGCCGCCCCGAAUAACGCGCGCCCGCCUAACGACGCGUGGCUGUGUUCGGCGACGAUGCGCGUGCUCGCGCGCGAGCCUCAGUCGUCCGCUCUCGCCGAUAUCCUGGGGUGGCGGCGGGGCGUGCCCGCGGCUACGCUCGCGAGCCAGCUGUUGGCGCUGGGCGAGGCGCACCCGUCCGUAGAGGAUCCCGCGGUCGGCCGUGCGCUCGCCGCGGCGGUCCCGCGCGUGUACGCCCUGCUCACGACGUCGCUCAACUCGCGCGGCUUUGCCGACGCGAUCGCCCGGCUGCCCGGGGAGGCGCGGGUCGUGUGGGUGGGUACAGGUUUCGCGAGAGCGGAAUCAGUCGCCUUCUCGGGGGCGCUCGACCUAAAACCGUACCUUCACGUGCUGCCUGCGGACUUGACCUGCUUCCGCCCGCUGCUCACCGCGAUGGGCGUGCGCGACGCCUUUGGCGCGAGCGACUACGUGCGGCUCCUGCGCGGCCUCGCGAAGGACGCGGGGGGCGGCGGGCUCGACGGAUCGCGGCUGGAUUUGGCGCUCUGGGUGCUCGGGACGUUGGCGGAUUACCCCCCGGCGACCCUCAGGACCGCGCUGGUGGACGAGGACGACGCGGUGGGUUCUGCAGGGAGCUCCGACGACGCGGUGGGUUCUGAAGGGAGUUCCCUGCCGGUACCCGACGCGUCUGGCGCGCUCGUCCCGGCGUCUGAGGUUCGAUUCAACGACGCGCCUUGGCUCGCCCCUCCCGAGGGCGUCCGCCUGUCGCACCCCAAACUCCCUUCGCAAACCGCCGAGGCGGUGGGCGUUCGAUCGCUUCGCCUCGCGCUCCUCGCGGAGGCGUCCGAGGACAUCGACGUGCAGCUGCACGGCAGCGCGGAGGCGUUCGGGCAGCACGAGGCGCUCACCACGAGGCUCAAGCACAUCCUCGACGCGUACGCCGACGGCCCCGGAGUCGUUUCGGAGCUGGUACAAAACGCGGAUGACGCAGGCGCCACCGAGGUCCGCCUCCUCCUCGACCAAACCCGCGGCGGCGAUAAGAGCCUCCUGGGUCCGAAGAUGGCGCGGUGGCAGGGCCCCGCGCUGGUGGCGUGGAACGACGCGGUGUUUUCCCCCGAGGACUUUCACAACAUCGCGAGGAUAGGGCAGGAUAGCAAGAUUGACAGGCCGGCGGCGGCGGGACGGUUCGGACUCGGUUUCAACGCCGUGUAUCACUUCACCGACCUGCCAUCCUUCGUCUCGGGGGACUAUUUGGUGAUGUUCGACCCGCACGCGACGCACCUGCCCGGCGCGACUCCCGCGAGGCCCGGGUUGAAGAUCGCCUUCGGCGCGAGCCCCCUGCUGUCGCAGUUUCCCGAUCAGUUUGCCGGCUAUAUCGACACCUUCGGCUGCGACCUCACCGCCUCGUAUCCGGCGACCAUGUUCCGUUUCCCGCUGCGAACGGACGAGGCCGCCCGAGCGAGCGAGAUCAAACCCGAGGCGUACACCCCGGCGCAGGUCCGAGCGCUGUUCGAGCAGUUCAGGGAACGCGCCACGCAGACGCUGUUGUUCCUGAAGAACGUACGAAAAAUUGGCGUUUACGAAAGAGGCGGCGAUUCUCGAGCGCCAAAGUUGGUGUACGAGGUGUCGAUUCCGGCGUUUCAGGACGAUAAGGACCCACGGGCCGCGACACUUCAGUGGGUCGCGGGUAAUUCCGCCUUCUCCCGCGGCGUCGCCCCCGUCGCCGCGGUCAAGAAGCAGCAGUUUGUCGAGAAGCUUCGAACGAUGCCGGAGAAAUCGCUGCCGACAUCCGUCGGCUGGAUGGACGUGCAGAUGCGCGCCGCAGAGACGGCGGAGUCACUCGGCGAAGAAGACGACGACGCCAAGGUCAUCGUCGGCACAACCAUCCGUCGCGAGCGAUGGUUAGUCUGCAGCUCACUCGCGGGGGGUAAGGCCAGGGCGUUGGCGUUGUCCGACACCGGCGUGAGCAGGGGUUUGGUCCCGUGGGUCGGCAUCGCCGCGAGGGUGCCGCACCCCGACGACGGCGAGUCUUUCAUCGGUCACUGCGACGGCCGAGCCUUCUGCUUCCUUCCCCUGCCGGUGCGAACCGGGCUGCCCGUCCACGUCAACGCCUACUUCGAGCUGUCGUCCAACCGGAGGGACAUCUGGUUCGGCGGCGACAUGGCGGGCGGCGGCGCGGCGAGGAGCGAGUGGAACCAGGCUCUGCUCGAAGACGCGUGCGCACCCGCGUACGCCAAAACAUUGGAGGCGGCGGCGGAGCAGCUUGGCCCCACGAGCGCGUUCUACGCCCUCUUUCCCACCGCGCCGUCGCACAACGCGCCGUGGUCGCUGAUCCUCCCGCCGCUUUAUUCGAACCUUUCGCGGAUUCCCUGCCUGAGGGCGACGGAUCCGUUUAGCAGCCCGGGUUCCGAGGUCAUCGCCCGGUGGGUCGCGCCCGCCGCCGCGAUGUUCCCAGACGCCGACAAGCCGACGCCGCCCGCGCUGGCCGACGCGCUGCGAGCCGAAGGCAUCUGGCUCGUCGAGGGCGCGCCAAAGGACGUGUGCGAGUCGUUCGCGCGGCACUGCGAACCCGACGCCGUGCGCCGGCUGUCCCCGGGCGCGGUUCGGGCCAUCCUGCGCCGACGGGACGUCCCUCACCCGGCGCUCGAUUCGCGGAAAAGGGUUCUGGCUCUCCUGGAGUACGUCCUGUCGGACGUGAACCCGGCGGACCCGAUGGGCGCCGCGGACCUCGAGGGCGUCCCGCUGGUGCCGCUCGUGGACGGCACGUUGGGACGCUUCGCGUUCCUGGGUUCAACCGAAGGGGAACCGAAACGGCGGGAUGGGGAACCGAAACGGCCGCCGUCUCAGGCAUCGAAGGCUAAGCGCGAUCGAGGCCCGACGUACCUGAUACCCCACGAGUCCGAGAUGGAGUUGCUUCGCGAGUGGGCCGGUGACGUGCUCGUGGACCGUACGCUGCUCUGCGGCGGCGAACCCUGGGACGGCGGCGAUUCGCUGACGUGUCUCGCGAGGCUCGAGCGGAUCAGUCUAGGACCCGCCGGCGCCGAGCUCAACGUCCGAAACUUUGACGGCGACGCGCUCGCGUCGAUGAUGCCGCGGAUCAUGCCCCGUCAGUGGGCCGCGCACCCGAGCCAACGGGUCAACGGGUACGUGGGAUGCGGUCGCGUCGUCGAGUGGCGCCCGAACGCCAAGGAGGGUCACCCGAGCCCCGAGAUGCUCGUGCUUCUGUGGCGCCGGCUCGCCGCGCUGUGCGGGGAAAAUCUCUCCGCGUUUCAGGGGUGGCCGAUGCUUCCGAUCGGCGGCGGCGGCUCGCUCGCGCCGCUGAUUCCCCACGGCCCCGUCGUUCGCGGGGAAGGCUGGACGGAGAACACUCGCGAUGCGCUCCUGGCGAUGCGCGUGCAGUCUCUCGACGAAGGCGACGUCUCAGGGGCGAUUGUCUCGCAUCCGAAAAUCGGCGACUACGUGAGACCGGCGACGGCAGCGGGGGUGUUGGACUCGGCCGUCGCAGCCGCCGCGCUCGACCCCGACGUCGCGGCGUCGGUUCCGGCGGACGCAUCGCCCGAGGAACGGUGGCGCGCGGCGGCUCGCGCGGUUCCCGAGGCGCUCGCGUCUAACGCCACGCUCGGAGCGGCGCCCAACAGGAGGGCGCUUCGAGCGUUUCUGAUUCAGAAGCGUUGGUUCGCGCGGGGCGCGCCCGGCGGAACGGUGGAGGGCGCCAGGCUCGACCUCGUGCGCUCGCUCCCGAUUUUCGAGACGUACCAGUCCGCCGCAUCGCACCACAAGGACGCUGACUCUACCGAGGGGUUCGUGUGCCUCGCGUCGGUGCCGCCGCCGCUGCUGGCCCCCGCGGGCGCCGACGAGGACCUCCUCCACCCGCCGUUCCUCAGGCUGGAUGGCGAAUCGGAGGCUUCGAUACUCGAGACGCACGCCGGCGUCGUGCGCGUCACCAACGCGGCGAUGCUCUCCGACGGCGUCCUCCCCGCACUCGCGCGGGGUCAGUUGCAUCCAUCCACGGCGCCGCGAGCGCUGGACGCGGUUCUCGCUGCGCUGAGCGACGCCAAGGCGAGCUGGACCGGCGCUGGCGACGUCGAACGCCUUACCCGAUCCGUUUGCGCAAACGCGUGCGUUCCGACCCCGUCGGGCGCGCUCAGACGACCGGACGAGUUGUUCGACCCGAGGGUACGCAGCCUGAGGGAGCUACUGGACCCGCGCGAGCACUUCCCGGCGCAUCCGUUCGAUGUCGGCGCUCGCGUCGAGGCGCUCGCGUCGCUCGGCGUGAGGCGGAUGUUGGGCGGGGAGGGGCUCGUCGCGUCUGCGCUCUCCGUCGAGAAGAUGGCGGCUUCCAACUUUGACGUCGCGGCGGCGGUCGCGAGGGGGCGCGCGCUGCUCGCGCACCUGAACGCGCUCGCCGCCGCGACCGCGAAGGGCGGCUCGGAGCUUCCCCCGCCCGGAGCGGUUUUCCAGCGAAAAGACGACGACGACGGGGACGGGGACGGCGCCGGGUCGAAUUCCGUGUGGCGGGAACUCUCGUCAAUCGCUUGGUGCCCCGCGCUGACCCAGCCGCCGCACCCAGCGAUGCCCUGGCCCAACAAGGGUUCGAGCAGGGCGCUUCCGCCGCUCGCGGCGCCGAGGGCGACGAGGCCGCCGAGCGACGCGUGGGCGGCGUCGUCGUGCAUGCGCGUCUUGGACCUCACCCCGCCAGCCUCGGAGGCGACAUCGCGAAAAGCCGAAACCGAAACCGAAACCGAAACGGUCAAGGAAAUUCCCGAAGCGGUGGCGGAUCAAACGACCUCUUCCGACGCGGAUCAAACCGCCCCUUCGAGCGCGGAUCGAGCCACCUCGGAGGAGGCCUUCCUGGAGGAGGAGAGAGAGUCGGCGGAGCGGGCGACGGAGACGACCCUGCGCGAGCACGAGUCUCUCAAACCCAUGGUCCUAGAGCCGUUACUGAUCGACAGACUCGGUUGGAACCGACUCAGCAGCACGGUGGUCGCGGCGCAACUGCUGGAGCUGGGUAAAUCCAACCCGAGCGUCCAACCCGACUCGGACCUCGCGCGCGUCAUCGGCGAGGAGCUGCCCUGGGCGUACGCCAAGCUCGCGGAGACGGCGGCAAACGGCGGAGCCGACCUGGACGCAGCGGGCACGAUCCUCGGCGACUCGCGUUGGCUCUGGACCGGCGCUGGCUUUGUCGCGUCCGCCGACGUGGCCGUGGAUUGCCCCGGGGAUUUAAGGCCGUACCUCCACGGCGUCCCGACGGAGCUGGCGGCGCACUCCGCACUCCUCGCCGCGCUCGGGGUUAGGCGAAGGUUCUCGCCGGAAGAUUUCGCGAGGGCGGCGAGCGCGCUGGCGAAAGACGCGGGGGGUGCCGCGCUGACAGAGGAGAAAGUGGAGCUCGCCGCGGCGCUCGCGGAGGCUGCUUCGGAGGCGCUCGCUCCUCCUCCGAACGUCGAUGGGAACGUCGAUGGAGCCGUCGAUGGGGCCGGGUCGACGUACCCAUCCGUGCCCAACGCCGCGAGGGUGGCCAACACCGUCGCCGGCCUGUUCGCGCUCCCGGACCACGUCGGCGUCAUGGCGCCGGCGGCCGAGCUGGUGAACAACGACGCGGAUUGGCUCCUGGAGGGUGCGCGCGGUACGAUCCGCCUGGUUCACCCCUCGGUGUCGCAAGCGACGGCGGAGGUUCUCGGCGCGAGGUCGCUGCGGGACAUGUUCGCCGUCGAUAAACGGUCCACCGACCGACUCCCGUGCCCGAGCGCGCAGACGCUUCGUAGGCUCCUGCCCAUGUACAACGACUCGGCUUUCUUCCUCGCGGACGUCGCGGAGGUGGCCGACGCCGCGGGCGCCAGGGGGAUCGAGGUGGCGCUCGACGCGAACACCUACCCCGCGAGGUCGCUGCUCCUCCCGCAGCUCGCCGCGUUCCAGGGUCCCGCGGUGACGGUUAAGUUCACCGGCGCGCCCCUGCAGCCCGAGGAAAUCGCGCAGCUCCUCUCCGCCGCGGCACCGUUCAAGCUUCGAAGGCGGGUCGUCAGGUUCGGUAACGGGCUCGUGACCGCCUGCCACGUCACCGACGCGGUGUUUGCGGUGUCCGCCGGGCGGCUGUGCGUGUUCGACCCCACCGGUCAGGCGCUGGGCGGCUCGAAGGAGGGCGGCUCCGACGGGUCGGCCAAAUCGUACUCGCUCGACGGCGGCGAACUCGCGGCGCGUUUCAUCGAUCAGUUCGCGCCGUUCAUCGCCGCGGGGGCCGACCCGGCGGGCUGCGGUAACUGCACGGUCAUCAGGUUCCCCUUACGCACCGAGGAUCAGGCGUCCAACCCAAAGGCGCUCGCCCCGGUGGCGUCCGCAAACGACGCGGAGUCUAUGCGGGACGUACUCGCGACUUUCGCCGCCGACGCGCACAGGAUCCUCCUCUUCGCAUCGUCGCUGACGGACAUACGCGCCGUUUGCCGCCGCGAGACGCCGCUCGAAACGGGUGACACCCCGACCGGGCCGACGGCGGAGGGCGACGGCGGAGAAGGCGAUGAGGUUCUCGUGGGCGAAGAGGUUCUCGUGGACGUCCGCCUCACCUCGCCCCCGCCGCGUCGGUCGUCGAGCUCGGGCGCCGAGAAGCCGACCCCUCGGAGCAUCAUCGACGAUAAGGAGUGGAGACGCGCGACGCUCACCACGCUGUUCGGCGGCGGUAACUCGACGCGCACCGCGCACGUGGUCACGCUCACCGAGACGGCGGGGAACAGCCCGCCGGUGACGGAUACGUGGGUCGUCGGCGCGGCGAUCGGCGUCGGGAAGGCCAGAGACAUCGCGCUCGACAGGAAGAGCUCAAGCCAGAUGCUCCUCCCGCUCGCGGCCGCCGCGAGCCACGUCGCCCGGGACGGCGCGCACGUCGAUCCGGCAUCCCCGCCGCCGCCGCCCGCGCUCGCCCGACUCGAGGCUCUAGCCGCGAGGCGCUUCGCCGCCGGCGGAGCUCGGGUCGCCACCCCAAAACCCGGCCGCGGCGUGUGCGCCCCUCUGCCGACACACGCGUCCAAGCGAUCAUCCGGCGACGACGACGGCGGAUACGGCGCGGACGGCCUCCUCUCCGUGGCUCGCACGCUCGAGCGCUUGCCGGCGGUGGUCAUGGCGCACUUCGCGCUCGAGCGAGGCGGCGGACGCGGGUUGGCGGAAUUCCUGGAUGACCCGGCGGCUUCGGUCGGCGGGGGAUCGAACGCGAGCCGCCCGCCCGCUCCCGACGCGACGAGGCGCGAGUGGAACCGCGCGCUGUGCCAGUGUCUCGCGGCCGCGUACGGCGCCAUGGUGGGGCACGCCCGCGUCGCGCCUUCCCCGGAGCUCCCGGCGGAUACGUUUUACUCGAUGUGGCCCCUCGCGGAGCGGGUCGGGCUGCCGGCGCCGCCCGACCUCGAUCCGGACGGUCGACCCGUCACCGGACGGGCGAGCGCGGGCGCGGGCGUCGUCGGCCAAGGGAAGGGCCACCCCGUCGCCGAGCUCGUGUUGUAUCCCGUGUACAAGGAGCUCGUGGACCAGCCCUUGUUUCGGUCUCUCGGGUCCAGGGCGCUCGUCAAGGCUUCCGAUGGAUACUUCCUCCCGGCCGGGUUCGCCGUCAACGAAGGCGUCGACGGCGCGACUUGGGCCCCCGGGUUCAACGGAUCAUCGCGGAUCGUGGCCAGGCCCCUCGCCGCGGGGUUCAUCGCCAGGCACUUCCCGGUGCUCGACGCCCCCGCGUGGCUCAGGCCGGAGCUCGCGGCGGCGGGCGCGGUGACCGCGGCGAGGGAGCUCACCGCCUCGGCGCUCCGUCGUCUGCUUCGGGCCAAGCCUCCCCCCGCCGACGUGCGAACGCACGUUGAGCUCGUGGAGUGCGCGUGCUCGGACAUCGACCCUGGCCCGGUCCCCGGGCCCGGAACCUCCGCGCCGCCGUCGCCCUCGAGGCAGGGGACCAUACCGGCGAUGUUCGGUCACGCGCGAAGGCCGGCGGGCGACGGACCUCCGGGUGGCGACGCCAUCGACGGCAUAAUGUCGGUGGUGAACGAGAUGUUCGGUCAGGCUGGCAUCGCGCCUCCGUCAAACGCCGCCUCUAACGCCGCUAACGCCGGUCCCCCGUUGGAUCUCUCCGCGGUCAGGGACCUCUCCGGGAUACCCGUUCCCACCGCGAGCGGCGCGCCCGCGGCGCUGGGCCACCAGGGGCUGUACAGCGGGAGCGAAAACAUGGUCGCGCUCGUGCCCACGCUGCGGGGUAAAUUCCUGCACCCGGCGCUCACGACGUCCCCGACGAUCGGCGCCCUGGUGCGCCACGCGCAGUUCAGGUCGGAGCUGAGGGUGUCCGUCUUCACCCCCGCGCAGCUCGCGACGGAGCUGCCCAACGUGUUGCCGAGGCGGCUCACCCCGGCGGGGUGCGGCGCCGCGCCCGUCGUGACUUGGUCGGACGGAAGCCUCGCGCAGGGCGAGCGCGUGCCGAGCGCGCGAUGGCUCCGCGCGUUCUGGGACGAGAUCGCGCCGCAGGGCCCCGUCGCGGUGGACGCUUUCGCGGCGUGGCCGCUGGUUCCCAUCCGCGGGGGUGAGCUCGUGAGGGUCGGGCACAGAGCCGCGGUGAUUGUUCCACCCGCGCCGACGAUUCACGCGCAUCCGCUGUCGCCGGAUCCGCUCGAUUCGUCCGUUCUCAGCCACGAGACGCUCGACGACACCGUCGACGAGCGAGACGUGGACGUGGACGUGAACGAGCGCGACGACGACGUCACGUUCGCGCGCCCGGGAUCCAAUCAGCCGCGAGCUUCACCCAUUCGCGACGUUUUGUUCGGCUCCCCCUCUCGCGCCGGUCUUGGAUCUCCCGCUCGAAGGACCGACGUCACGGCGGCGAAGAAGGCGGUCGAGGACGAGUGGACGUGGCUCGAGCCCAUGUUUCGGACCGUGGGCGCGCCCGUUCUGGACUGGGACGCCGCGGGCGAGGCGUGCGCUCGCAUGCUGGACCAAUCGGUUGAAACCGUCAGGGGCGCGUCCAUACGAACCGCAUCCGACGUCAUCGCCUUCAAGGCUCAGCAGAUCCGCGCGUGCCUCGGCGCCGGCCGGCCGUCGUUCGCGCUCGUGGACGAGGAGACUCGCGGCGCCGUGUUCUCGCUGUUCGCCGCGUCGCACGUCGUCAGCGGGUUCGCCGCCUCCGAGGAGGGUUUGGAAGUGAUCCGAUCGUUCCCCAUCUUCGCGACGGUGGCGGGCGAUCGAACGGAUCUGACCUCGGGCGAGUACGUCACCUGCCCGCCCGGCGUGGCCUUCGCCGAGACUUUGCGCAGCUUCGGCGGUUUGCUCGAGUUCAAGGACGACGCCAGGGAGUUCUAUAAGGCUUUGGGCGUGCCCGAGCUGGCGGACGCGGACGUGCUGGCGAGGUUCAUAGCGCCCAGCCUGGAGAAGCUCAACGUCCCCGGGCGCACAGCCGCGUUGACGUACCUCAAGCGACACUGGCCCAGACUCAAGGAGAGUGAACCGCUUUGCGACGCGCUGCGUGCCGCGAGGUUCGUGGAGGCUAACGGAACGGACGCGCUGAUGUCGCCGGGGAACUUGUACGACCCCGAGGUUGAACUACUUCACGCGGUGUUCCGGGGACAGACGGGAGCGUUUCCGGCUGGCGCCUGGCUCGACGCGGACUGGCUGAAUUUGCUCAGGGACGUCGGCCUGAGGAGCACGGUGGACGCGACGCUGUUCCAGCUGUGCGCCACGCGCGUCGCCGCGAGGGCGAUCGGUCUUGGAAUCGCGUACCCCACCGAAGCUGGCGCGAGACGGUAUCCGCCGGUGCCCCCAGCUCCGACCUCGGCGGAUCUCGCGCUUGCGCAAACGACGACGGCGGACUCGGACGACUCCGACGACGAUUUUAACGACGAAGCCGCGUUGGACAAGGAGGCUGGGCUCGUCAUCGCGGCGGGAGCCAUGCUCGCGAACCACCUCGUGGACAACAUCGCGCACCUCUACACGGCCAACGUGUGCGAGGUGGUGUUGGGGGUGCCGUUCGUGCCAGCCGCGCUGGGCGUGCCCGGGGAGCCGGGGCCCGGUUGCGCGGGAUGCAACGUCCUGACGUCUUUCUCGCACGCGAUGCUCCCCGAGCACUGGGCCUCCGUGUUCAUGCACCUGCCCGUGUUACCACCCGACUUUGUCCCGCCGCAGUUCGCGAGGUCCAGGCUCAGGGUCAAGAGCGAGCCGGGCGCGAGCGCGGUGGCGGCGCACCUCGUCUCGUUGGGCGCUUCGCCGAACGAAGGCGGCGGAGUCGCGGCGCUCGGUCGGUGGACACCCGCGGCUGGUGACCCGUGCGUCGCCGUCGCCGCCGCGCUCGCCGUCCUCGGCGACCUCGGCGGGGUCGACGCUUUGGAGGCGCGCGAGAUCGAGGCGUUGAGCGACGCGUCGUUCGUUCCGGUGGCGGGGGGCGCGUCCACGGAGGCGCCUCGCCGGCUCUGGCUCCGCGCGCCCGCGCAACUCGCGCCGCUGGCGUUUGAGCUGCCGUCCUCACUGACGGAACACGCGGGGUUCCUUAGGAAGCUCGGGCUACGGGACGAGCUGACGCCCGCGGAUGCGGACGCGGCGCUUCGAGUCGCCGCGAAAAAGGCGAACGGUCGCGCGCUCGGUCCCAACGAGUUGCGCGCCGCCGUCGCCGCCCUUCGCCACGCCGCCGGCCAAGUCGACGGCGGCGGCUUUGAAAUUUCUUCGUCUUCGUCUUCGGUUGCGGCUCAAAAAGGAGUUGCGGCUCCAAGGCGACGCGAAGGAACGACGCCCGUCCCGGAUUCGUUCGGGGUUUUGGCGCCUUCGACGUCCCUCUUCCACGCGUGGGGCGCGCCCCGGUCGCUGCUUCAAAGGCUGGACCGGCGGAAGCUGCGGCUGGCGCACGAUUUGGUCCCCGCGAACGCGUGCGCGGCGGCGGGUAUUCGCGCCGUGAGAGACGCGGUGUUUGAGCGCCGAGUCGUGGACGGAUCAGACGUUCCAGACGACGUUCCAGACGACGUUCCAGACGACGUUCCAGACGACGUUCCAGACGACGUUCCAGAUGAACACGUCGGUCCGGACCAAUCACCGAACGAGAGCCGCGUUCCGACGACGCGGGCCCGGUGGACGAGCGAGGGCGGCGCCGAGUGGCCGGAGGCUUUCGCGUUCGCCGCCGCCCUCGCUCGCGACGACCUCGCCGACGCCCUCCACGCGGUGCUCCGCGCGCGCGGGUGCGCGGUUUCGACCCGGGAGGCGCUGCGUGAGAAACUUCGGGACGUGUCCGGAAGCUUCCGGGUGGUGGAUUCGCUUCGAACCGGUCUGUACGCGGAAUCAGACGGCGGCGGAUGCUUUGACGUCACGCUCGGUCCCCCCGCGACGACGCACGCUUUUCUCGACGCGUCGACGGGGACGGUGUACGUGUCGCCGCCGGAUAACCCCACCGCCCGCGGCAGCCUCGCGUCGCCCUUGCUCGCGCGCGCGGUGGCGUCCGCGUUGGGGGUCGGCGACGACGGGACGGCGACGGCGGCGCUCGUCGCGCUCGUCCAAGCGGCGGCGUCAACCGGCGAAGAUCCAAAAGCGAUGGAAUCGACGACGGCCGCGUUCGGCGGGAACGUUCGCGAUGACUCGUCAUCGCGUGAUUCGGACGUACCCGUCGACACCGCGCACGGGGACGACGCGUCGGCGGCGAGCGCGAGGGGCGACCCCGGCGCGGUCGUCCUCACCCGGGACGCGAGGUUGCUCGCCGCGCGGCCGCUUCGACCGCUCGUCGCCGGCGAGACGUGCGCGAUUAAAAGCGUUCGUCGAUUCGGUUCCCCCGGCGAGGCUGCCGCGGCGGCUGCGGAAUCCCGGGCGUCGUCGUCCGGCGGCGUCGCGACGAACGAGGAUCGGUACGUGUACGCGAGGGUGGUGUCCGCGACGAGGCCCGUGAAGGGCGCGGCGCUCACUCGCGUCCUCCUCGAGUCCGGUCCCGGCGGCGAGACGCGCGAGGCGCUUUCGUCGGAGGUGUUUACGUUUCGGCUCGUCUCCGAGCUCGGUCCGGACGAGACGGGGGCGGGGGCGGGCGGCGGUUCGGGUCGCGGUGGACCCGAAGCGACACCCACCGCCAGCCGCGACCCGCCCCAGACCGACGCGGUGACCCCCGCGGACCCCGGCGUCGAGUCGGCGUCGCCGACGAGCCAUCGGGCGGAUUCCGGAUUGGAGGAUGCGUCUCUUGGAACCAAUCCAGUUUCAUCCGACGAUCUCGUCCGCGCCGUCCGCGAUCUGCUCACCGCGGCGGGCGCGCCGCCCAGCAUGGCGCAGGCCGAUCUCCUCGCCGCGAACCAGCGGCUGCGGGGUGAGCUGGAGGACGUCUCCGGAGCGGUGCAGGCCGCGGAGAAGGAGAUUGCGGAAAAAGAGUCGCACGCGACGCGAGUCGAAAAGGCGUUUUUGUGUCCUAUCACGCAAGGAAUCAUGACCGACCCAGUGGUGGCUACCGACGGGCACACGUACGAGAGGCGCGCGAUCGAGCAGUGGUUCUCUCAGGGUCGGUUGACGAGCCCGGUCACCAACCUGAGGCUGAACACGACGACGCUGGUUCCGAAUCACGCGCUGCGGGGCGCCAUCACGGCGCACGCGAGUCGAAGCGGCGGCGAGUGA